AUGUCGCUCUCCGAGGGAGUGCAUAACUCGAUGCUCACUGGGAAUCACAACCACAGCAAUGCUACGGCCAGCAGAUUCAAGAUGGAGUGGAGAGCACCUUCUGUCAUAUCAAUGGCCAUAUUCACGCUCACCGUCCUACUCGGCCUCACGGGCAACGGAGCUGUCAUCUGGGUGACGGGUUUCAAAAUGAAGAGGAAUGUCCACACUGUGUGCUUCCUGAACCUGGCUGCGGCUGACCUGUUGUUUUGCCUGUGUCUCCCCCUGCAAAUGUUAUACGUCUCCGUGCUCGGCUCUGGGGACGGUGAGAAUACCCUUUCGUCAUUGUUGACAUCAAUUAUGUACCUAUACGCUUUAGCCAGCAGAUAUCUGUUAUGUCUGAUCAGCAUCUAUCGCUGCCUGGCUGUUAAUCGGCCCAUCUGGUUCCAGCAACAUCUGAAACUCGCAUGGGUACGUGUGAACUGCUUCGUGGUCUGGGUGAUAGCCACUGUCAUGAGCCUGCUUGCAUUCUUCCUUCUUGCUGGUGAUGAUGCACUGAGGAUUUUGGCUGCCUUCAGCUUCGUUCCCCCCUUUGUGAUUAUGAUCACUUGUUACACCAUCGUUGGCUGGAGGCUGCACGGAGACAGGUUCGCUAAGUCCAGGAAGCCCAUACGCCUGCUCAUGACAGCUGUCGCCGCCUUUGUGAUCUGCUGGCUCCCAGUUAGUAUCUGCAACAUCGCACAAAUCGGAUUUGAUCUUCCCGACUGGAUCAUGCUAUUUCAAGCCCUGGCCUCAUUCAACAGCGCCCUCAACCCUCUUGUCUACGUCUUCGCCGGUAGCGACUUCCGUCAGGUCUUCAAGCGCUCCCUGUUUGCCUCGCUCCAGCUAGCCUUCGCCGAACAAGAGAUACAGGGUGAGACUCAGAACCGCAAUCCCAACUCAGAUAUGAUAGUCUGA